ACCUUUUCACGCCAUGAGCACGGCUUGGUCAUGCGACAUGACGAGUCCAAACAUACCCGCUGUAGGACCCGUGCGAGACGUUCUCGAGAAGUUCCAGAAAGGAGACAAUACACACCCGCUGUCGCAUCCGCGACCCGAGCAGUGUCCGUCGUGCGAGUCGCCUUCACGUGACAGUUCGCUUGAAGCCUGUAACUGGAACUCGAACGACGCCCCUCGCUAGAGAGGAUUCUUCUCGCACGCGAUUCUUUUUAUAAAGGUGCUGGUAUUUUUCAUUCCUACGCAGAAGACCCGACGAUCGUUUUCAAAACCGCGGUCGAGCUAUUCCUGUUUGAUACUCUCAGCACGUCCUGUGUUCUUACCUCGACAUCCUGAAAUGACGACUGUCGUGCGAAUCGCGGCCUGUCAUGGCUGCCUCAACGUUCGGAUGAUGGCCAAGGGUGGGGGAGGCGGAGGCGGGGGAAAGGGCGCAAGCAGCGGCGGCGGCAAGGGCGGAGGAAAAGGCGGAGGGGGAGGCGGAGGCAAGAGCGCCAGCAGCGGCGCUAAAACCGGCGGCGGCGGCGGUAAGAGCGCCCCCAUUUCCGGCAAGACUGCGUCCCAGAUCCAGAGUUCCUCCGCGAAAAUGGGCGGCGGAGCGGUGGCGAAGGGUUCCGCCGCAGCCGCGGCGCAGCGAGCGGCGGCUGCGCCGUCCAAGGUAACCGGCGGCGACGCAGCGGCUCUACAGAGCUUCACGGCGAAGACGAGCGGAGAAGUUGCUAAGGGAUCGCCUGCGUCUCAGGUUCAGAGCACAGCGGCGGGAAAUGAGGCGGGAAAGGGGGAAUAGGUCAAGCAGGGGCAGAAAGAUGAGGGCGAAAUUGUACGCGUUUGUCUCUGUCCCGCGUUUUCUUGUUAGCGUACCAUGUGAAAAAAUGUGUAAACAGAAGUGCAGAACACUAGUGACCAGAUUGCAUGACAACUUUCAUAGAUGCCAAAAAGAGAGAUCAUGAGGAACAAAGCAAGCAACCCAUGUGUUAGUGUCUUCCAAAUCACCUUCAGCCGUUCUCCGGUAUAGA